ACCAUCCUUCGAAGAAAUUGCACUUAUUUGGCUUCUUUCUCCCGUGUCAUCACAAAAGUCCAAACCAAACUCAUCUCCUAUUGUACCUUCUCAUAUUGCUUCUCCCUCCAAAUUAAUGUAUACCUCUUUAAGAAUAAAGUACAACCAUCUAAAGCACACCUACCCGUUCCAAAGCUCAAUUUCUUCAACAAAACCAUGGGUUUCAAUUCAAGAUUUCUUCUGUAUCUUCUUCUUAAGUCUUAUACCAAUAAAGCUGUACGCCCACCUCCCCAAGUAAAGGUACAUCUCUUUAAGCAGAAGGUACAACCAUCUAAAGCACACCUUCCUUGUUCAACAACUAUCCAUGGCUUUCAAUUCAAGAUUCCACUUGGGUAUUUUUCUUUUCUUCAUAUUAACCCCUUUUACUAUCUCUUUCAUCCUAAGCCCAUCACCAAAACCAAAACACAAACCCAGAGUGUAUGAUAUCCUCCAAGAAUAUGGGCUGCCACAUGGCAUCUUUCCAGACACUGUGAAAUCCUAUAAUCUUGAUAAAGAUGGAAACUUUGAAGUAUUUCUGAAAGCCCCUUGUUAUGUAGAGUUUGAAUAUUUGGUUUAUUAUGCUGAAAAGAUUAGUGGGAAGCUAGGUUAUGGGUCAAUUACUGAGUUAAAAGGCAUUAAAGUGAAAAGAUUCUUGUUUUGGUUCAAUGUUAAAGAAAUCAGAGUUGAUUUGCCAGUUUCUGAUAGUGUUUACUUUCAGAUUGGUCUUGUUAACAAGAAGCUUGAUAUUAAACAGUUUGAGACUAUUCAUUCUUGUAAGAAGAAUGGAUUUUUGUUGAUGAGCUCUUGUGGAGGAUCUUUGAGACAAGCUCUACAGCUUCCAGCUCCUGUCAAUGAUAUGCAAAUGAUUAUUACUGAAUAAAUGGGAACAAAUAUGCAACUCAAGGUGAAAGUAGUAAUUGAAAGAUGUACUAUUAGUUUACUUCAUUUGUUUUGAAUUGAAGGAAAAUCAAGACUGGUUUUAUGUACUGGACAUGUAUAUGAUCAAAGAUUAAAGAUUCUACAUGUGUAUCGUUUAUAACACAAUCUUUGUAGGAUCGUUUUCUUCUAUUCAAAUCAUGAAGGACUAUACUAAAUCAUUUCCUAGA